CACCACCAGUUCUUCAGCUUCGAGUGGUGCGCAAAACAAACAGAAAACACACAAUGGCAGACCCAGUCUACGAACUACUCAUUCCCUACUUCGACACGCCCUCCCCACGACCUGCGCCCUCCUCUAAAGACCCCACGACGGCCGCCUAUCUAAACCGACUAUCGACGCUCCCCCUCUCCUCCCUCACGACCGAUGAGCCACAAUCGCUUUCGCAAACCUCGCACUCCCUCCUCCUCUCCCUCCAAUCCCUCUCGAAACGCUCCCACCGCUCCCUCAUCACGUCCGCCAACCACCUCUCCACUCUCUCCCGCACUCUCCCCGCGCUCGCCCACUCCGCCGCCGACCUGCGCGAUGCCCUCCCCAAGCUCGAUGACGCCGCCAUUCACUUCUCCGAGACGUACAAUGCGCGCUCCGAACACCCACUCCUCUUACGACGUCGCCAGGCUCUCCUCCUAUCCCGCAACGUCGACCGGCUCUCCGACAUCCUCGAUCUCCCCACGCUCCUGACCUCCUCCAUCUCCGCAUCGACGACCAACGCCUCGGCGCCCCUGAACUACGCCGCCGCUCUAGAUCUCAACGCGCACAUCCGCCGCCUGCAUGCCCUGUAUCCGGACUCGCCACUAGUCGCGGCCGUGGCCGCCCAGGCUGAAGAAGCCAUGCAGGAGAUGGCCACGAGUCUCAUCGGGGGCCUGCGGACCAGCGGAUUGAAACUGGCCGCUGCGAUGCGGACGAUCUCGUGGCUGCGGCGCGUGGCUCCCGAACUAGGCUCGUCGGCGGGGACGGAGCAGAGCAGGGACGGCGCGCUGGGCUCACUAUUCCUGGUCUGUCGGCUGGCGAACCUGGAGCAGAUGCUAGGCGCGCUGCAGCCGUUGCGAGAGCUGGCGGAUCAAGAGACGGGGCGGUCACGAGGGGAGAGGACGAGAGGCAGAUGGGAGGGCGGGCAGCAGACGGAAAGGUAUCUGAAGAGAUAUAUCGAGAUUUUCAGAGAGCAGAGCUUUGCCAUCCUCUCCAUGUACCGCUCCAUCUUCCCCGCACAGGACAGGGAGAAAGAAAAAACAGAAACCGCUGCGCCCGGUGAAUCGGCACAGUCUGAUGAUGAUGAUGAUCCUCUCCAACCACUGCCUAGCGCCCUCGCGACGUUCCCGCAGAAACUGGUCAGCAUGCUCGAAGACACGCUGCGCACAUACCUGCCGAACGUGCGGGACAAGAGCAGUCGCGACAGUCUGCUGACGCAAGUGCUCUACUGCGCGGGGAGUCUGGGUCGUCUAGGCGGGGAUUUCAGUAUGAUCCUUGCGUUCUUGCAGGAGCGGGGGGACGAGGACGAAGAUGAGAAUGAAGAAGAGGAGGGGGAGGAGGAGUGGGUCGAGAUCAUUAGGAAACAUAGGGUUUUGGCAGGGCGCCUGGAAUUGAUGGUUGGUGCUAGAGAUGGAUAGAUUGGAUAGCUAUAGUUGUAGCUAGCUACUAUUGUAUAAAUAUAAUAUAAUAUAAUGUGAAG